GCUCAGAAGCACUUGGUCAGCCGUCGUGCUUAUGGCUGCCGUGGCUGCAGCCGCACCCACGCAGCCGCAGCAGCAAUUUGUUGCAGUCAUGCACUGCUUUCAAGAACAGGGAGAUGAGUUCUGGCCGUGCUUGAAGCAGCGGGCCUUGACCCUGAUGGAUGAUGCCCUGACCUUGGAAAAUGUGUCAUUGGUGGAAGGAAUGGUGACCUUGGAACGCGACCCGCGACACGUGCAACACACGGAAUCUUCCCUCGACCUUGCAAAUCUUCCCUCCGACCCUGAGUUCAGGGAGCAGCGGCUGAACGACCUGCUCUUGCACAGGGCGCUGGCCUUCAUCGAGUCUUCAUCCGUCAGGAUCAAACUUCCCUCGCAGCAGGCUUUCGAAGGCCGAGUGAAGAAAUUCAAGAAGAUGGCCGUGCCGAUGCUGAUCGUGUUGAGCAUGGUAGUGCUGGCCGCCCUGGCGAUGAAGGCCGUCGUGAUCAGCAAGGUGGCGUUGGCCAUCGUUUCCUGGAUCUUCCUGAAGAAGUUCCUCAAUGGCGGACAGAAGAAGGAAAAAUUCGAGAUCAUCGCCAAGCACCCUGAACACCACGACAGCCACUACCACCACGAGGCGAGCAACCACCUGGCCUCCGUCCAGUCGCCCUACGGCCGUUACUACGACGCCCACACCCUCGCCUUUCAGGCGCAACAACCCGAGGCUGCGGCUCUGAAGGCGACGCAGCCUGCCGAAAGAACCACGCGAGCGUGAUCGACGAUGAAGAGCGGACUUUAUUUAUUUGUUAUUUAUUUGACCAAGUAUUAAAUUACUCUAUUUGGGGAUAUGAAGUGAGAAAGAUCCAGUAUAAUGUUUGCUGUGAGAGUUGAAUUGAUCAAAGCUGUUAACCCUUUUUACAAUGAAAACGUUUUUUCUUAAUAUCUUACUUAGUUUCCAAUGGUAAAAAUUCUAAAAAGUAUUGAUGUCUGCGAAAAAUCUUAUUAUUUACGUUCUAGCUCUUUAAUGAAAAAAAAAUACCGAACAAGUGGUAUCUUCUAAUCGAUCACAAACAGAUAGCGUUUGAGUUUCAAUAUGAAGGCUGAGAUUUUCAGCCACAUCAAGAAAUAUUCACAGAAAAUUUUCAUGUUUUUAUUGCUCUUUAUUAUUAGGACAUUUUUUUACAAUAUUUUUAAUUGGCGAAAAUAGUUGAUCCCCUAAAGAAUAUUAAUAUUCUCUUCUUCCCUAAAUCUCUAUUUAUUUCGAUAGUUGACAGCUGAUAGUGAGACACAUAAAAACAGCUCAAUAUGUAUAAAUAAAUCUUUGGAAAUUGCUAAAAAAAUGUGUUUACGUGGAUAUUUAGUUAAUUAAUCAAAAUCUAAAAAUAUUUUAGUUGCAAAAAGAUGUGGCAAAACUAUAAAAUGUGACUGUUAGUAAAUUUAUACUAAUGGUCCAAAUGCAAAAUUUACUUUUUCUUUUCAACCAAAAGCCAUUUAUCAAUAUCCAAAAUAUUUUUUUCUAUGGAUAAUGAUAAACUUACGUCAAAAAUGAAGAUUGUUUGACACACAGGCUUCACUCAAACACUCACGGUUAAAAUACAUUUAAGACGU